AUGGCCGAAGACGACUCGAACGCCGGAGCCCAAAGUUCCCAGACAGGCUCAAGUCAAUUAACCUCAUGGCGCCUCGUAACCGUUAUAGGUAGCCUGUGCCUUGGGGUAUUUUUAUUUGGGCUCGACGUCAACAUUGUCGCCGUUGCCAUUCCUCGCAUCACGACCCAGUUUCGAUCGUUACCGGACCCUUUAUUUGGAAAUCUCUACAAAUUCUUCAAUGCUAAAGUGGUAUAUGUAACGUCGCUGGUUAUUUUCGAAGUGGGCUCUGCUAUCUGCGCCGCCGCUCCAACGUCCGCUGUGCUCAUUUUCGGACAAGCAUGGUUUGGCCUAGGAGGCGCGGGUCUGCUUCAAGGAGCUCUUGCUAUCAUUAGCCACACUGUUACCAUUGACAAAGUGCCUCUGUAUCAAGGUAUUGUGGUCGGCUCUAUGGCUGUGGCUGUCUGCUGCGGGCCGGUAAUAGGUGGUGCUCUAACACAAUAUGUGAACUGGCGUAUUAACCUCCCGGCCGGUGCGUGUGUUAUUAUCAUCGUAUUACUGUUUGUGCACCUCGGUCAGGUAUCGAAAGAAGCUAACCAAGCUCUACCGGUACGUGAGAAGCUUCGACACAUGGACGCGUCGGGGCUUAUCCUUUUCCUCGGUGCAAUAACAUGCAUCUUACUCGCACUGACCUGGGGUGGGGGUGCAUAUCCUUGGAGUGACCAGAGGAUCAUUGGCCUCUUCGUCGGUUUUGGGGUCUUGAUGCUCUGCUUCUGUUACUGGCUCGUGAGACAAGGGGAUCAUGCCCUCAUUCCAAUUCGAUAUGGGUACUAUCUCCCGAUUCUAUUCCAAUCCGCACAGGGAGCGUCCACCACCGAAAGUGGACUCAGAUACAUUGCACUUGUUGGCCCCCAGAUAGUUGCUUUGAUUAUUACUGGGGGAAUAGUGUCCAAAUGGGGGUACUAUGUACCUUACAUGAUAGCCGGAGGCGUGGUUUGUAGUGUUGGAGCUGGUCUCCUUACGACCGUUAAUCUCUCUACCUCUACUGCGAAAUGGGCUACGUACUUGGUGUUAACUGGGAUCGGCCUUGGUAUGGCGGGUCAAUUGCCAUAUACAGCAGUACCCGACGAUGUAGCAACAGGAAAUGGUACGUCGACUUCAGCCUCUAUGGCACUCUUGAUCGAUGGACUCAACGUUGCUGUACCACGGUACACUAACGCUGUGACCCCGGCCGCAGUGAUUGAAGCCGGUGCAACAGGGCUACAAAUUGUAGCUACUUCUCCUACGGUGCUUGAAGCUCUACGCGCCGCAUACGUCGAAGCAGUGCGUCGUACAAUUAUUUUGGGGCUUGCAGGCAUUUGUAUGGUUGUCCCUGUCUCUUGUGCUAUGGAAUGGAUUAAUAUCAAGCAUUGCGGAAAAAAGGCUUCACACCCUGGAAUCCAAAGAGUUAUCUACUGGAAGCGGAGAUGUUGA